AACGAAUAAAAAAUAAAGGAAGUAUGAUUGUACACUUUAUAUUUAACGUUGAAUUUCUACAAAAUAGAAUUUCCAAAGUAUUCAUUGCAUAAAAAACUAUUUUUAUUUACACAAUACGUGGAUAUAUCUAUUAUUAAUUGGUAAAACUUGUCACUUUUUGUAUCACUGACAUUAAUGUAGAUAUAUCAUAUGCCUUAAAUAAAUUGUUUUACGAUUUAACAACUGAAAUAAUAGAUGCAUCAUUUCUGUGUCUCGUUAAACGUUUAAAUUAUUGAAAUUUCCAAAUUGAAUUUGUAUAAAAAUAAAAGAAGACAUGGGAUAUGGAGAUAGAAAUGAAAUUAAAAUAAUUAAUUAAUAGAAUUACAACGUAGAAUACCUUGAUGAUACCUGGAAUAUUAUAUCAUUAAUUAUAUACUAUUUUGAUCAGUUCAAGGAAGACUGGGUUUAAAAUAUUUUCAUGAAUUAAUUAAUGAACUAUAUCUACGCUAUAUCCACCGUCCAUCAUAUAUUUCGCUUUAUUUAACUUAUUUUAGAUUUAAAAUUACCACAUAAUUGAUUUAUUCAUCAUAAAAAAGUAUAUCUCUUGAAAACCUAUCAUAUUUAUUAUAUCAAUAAUCCAAUUCUGACCAUAGAAAUGAAAAUCACGAUUAAUCAAAUUGAUUAAAUUUCCCAAGUUGUAAAUUAUCGAGUCAAAAAUCAAGGAAAAAUAAUGAUCUGCAAGACAAAAUUUGUUCAUCGAUUUAAAUACAUUAGAAAGCAAUUUGUCUCCUUUAGAAAUCAUAAAUAAUGGGAUGCAUACGUUCGCCUAAUUCGUGAUUCGACUCGAGGAACACCCGUUAAACCACGCGCACAGAACAGAAAGCAACGAGCGCAUAAAAUCAGACUAUCGGCAUCCGCAAUCGAAAUCCAGCGUGUACAAUUAAACGUGUUUGGCACCCGAAUCGUCAAAAUUCCAAAAGCGUGAAUGGGUCUCUCUAUAGUGGAGGCGGUGUGCAAUUGCAAUGAAAGCAGCGCAUCGCCCCAGACCUUAAAAUGUUACAUCUCAACGAAGGAUCUCCUACCAUCGUACAAACCGCUCAUAAAGGCCACGAUGAAGACAAGAUGCACUUUUCGUCGCAUGAUAAUAUCCAUUAUCGUAAUAAUCAUAAUCCUGGCCAUUGUAUAUUGCCUGUCAAUCUCUGGACAACACGUGCAAGAUAUCGGUAGAAAUUUACGAAGUCAAAUACAAGCUCGAAUUAACGAACCGCUACCUAGAAUAUUGCAAUUUCGAACAAUAGAGAUUCCUAGAUCGGAGGCGGAGCCGGAGGCAGAGGCAAACCCAGAGCCAGAGGCGGAAUUAGAGGUAGAUGUAACGAAUUGAGUUAAAAAAUUAUCAAAAGGCUAACAGAGAAUUCCGAAGAAUUCGAUGAAACGAAUUAAAAUAAAACGUGAGUAUUUCAUUUUUGUCAUCUGUCAGGAUGAUGAAAAUUACAAUUUUUUUCUUUCUUUUUAUCAAAACGCGAGAUUUCUCUCUUUGUUUGUUUUAAGUAAGAUUUAAAUUAAGAGAUCGGUUCCUCGAUAUGUAUAUAAAGAGGUUAGGAAUACGUUCAUAAGUAAUCCUUAUUAUUUCACCUUCCUUAUAUAAAACGAUAUUCAGUGGUAAAUAUUAGAAAAUGGAUGUUUAGAUGGAAGAUAUUUCGUCAAUAGUAAUAAACGAAAUUCGUAUUGUUUAUAUACAUAUUUUAUCUCGUUAUCGUAUUCGAACGUACACAGUUUUAUUUAAAGUAAAUAU